GCGGCGGUGCUCAGUUGCUGAGGGGAUUUAAAGGGACCGGAGCCGUCGCGCCGGAGCCUGGUCUGCGCACACCGGGCACUCGCAGCAAGGAGAGUAGGUUAUUUUUGUUUAGAAAUCAUGAACUGGCACUUCCUUCUCCUUUUCACCGCUGUGACUUUAACAUCUGUGUGGUCCCAGUUCAAUCCUUUAUCUCUUGAGGAACUAGGCUCUGACAUUGGAAUCCAAGUUUUCAAUCAGAUAGUUAAAGCUAGACCUCAGGAGAAUAUUGUGGUUUCGCCACAUGGGAUUGCAUCUGUACUGGGAAUACUUCAGCUGGGUGCUGAUGGCAAGACAAAGAAGCAGCUGACAACUGUGAUGAGAUACAGCGUAAAUGGAGUCGGUAAAGUAUUAAAGAAGAUAAACAAGGCCAUAGUCUCAAAGAAGAAUAAAGACAUUGUGACAGUUGCUAAUGCAGUGUUUGCAAAGAGUGGCUUUAAAAUGGAAGUGCCUUUUGUUACAAGAAACAAAGAGGUGUUUCAGUGCAGUGUCAAGACUGUGGAUUUCGAGGACCAAAAUGCAGCAUGCAAUUCCAUUAACCAGUGGGUGAAAAAUGAAACAAGGGGUAUGAUUGAUAAUCUCUUAUCUCCAGACAUUAUUGAUGGUGCUUUGACCAGGCUAGUGCUGGUAAAUGCGGUGUAUUUCAAGGGUUUAUGGAAAUCACGUUUUCAACCUGAAAAUACAAAGAAACGCACAUUUAAUGGAGCUGAUGGGAAGACUUACCAAGUACCUAUGCUGGCCCAGUUGUCUCUGUUCCGCUGUGGCACAACAAGUACCCCAAAUGACUUGUGGUAUAACAUAAUUGAAUUGCCUUACCAUGGCGAAAGCAUCAGUAUGUUGAUUGCUCUGCCUACAGAAAGCACUACCCCUCUCUCUGCCAUCAUUCCUCACAUCAGCACAAAAACAAUACAGAGCUGGAUGACAACCAUGAUACAAAAGAGAGUGCAAGUUAUUUUACCCAAGUUCACAGCAGUAGCAGAAACAGAUUUAAAGGAGCCUCUGAAAGUACUUGGCAUUACAGAUAUGUUUGAGCAGUCAAAGGCAAACUUUGCAAAAAUAACAAGAACGGAAAGCCUUCAUGUAUCUCAUAUUUUACAAAAAGCAAAAAUUGAAGUUAGUGAAGAUGGAACCAAAGCUUCUGCAGCAACAACUGCAAUUUUAAUAGCCAGGUCCUCCCCUCCUUGGUUUAUAGUAGACAGACCAUUUGUAUUUUUCAUCCGGCACAAUCCUACAGGUGCAGUCUUGUUUAUGGGACAAAUAAACAAACCUUGAGUAUGGAAAAGGUUUUCCUUAAGAAGCAAAGUAGAGACUCAUUUGAUACAUCCUCGCUAGUUCCGUUAAAUAUUUUUGUACACUACUCUUUCACUUCACUCAAGAACUAGUUUUUAGCCAGCUGUGACUAGAUUUUGAAAAAGGAGUCAAUGUAGUUCUGAUUUUAUGGGAAAAUACAAAUUGAAAACUACGAUACCUUUUCAAAAUGUCUGAAAGAUUCUUUGAAACUACUGAACGGUUGCCUAUGCUAACAAACUUACUGAGCUUUUUCUGUCCUAAGAAUUGUAUGCAUAGCUUUUGUGGGAGGGUUUUAACAAGACCAUGACUAAACAAACCAUUUCUGUUAGCAUUGAUUUUUUUUUUCUGUGGAAAAUGUCUUUGGGUUUGUAGAUGUCCCUUCAAUACUAUUUUUGCCCUUGAAUGGCUUGAUGAUUGGGUAUCUUUUGU